GAUAACAGUGGGGCAGAUGCCAUCAAGAUGGUGUGGAGCUCUGUGCAGCAACCUCCGCUUUGGUCGAAACGACUCAGACUAUAAGGUAUGCAGAUAUCAUUUUCAUGAACGAAGUCACUCUCUUUCACAUUUACAAUGUACCAUACGCGCAGAUACUGUUUUCGCAUAAUAAGGCGGACGAUAAUCCACACAUUAAUGUAUCCAUGCAGAAGCCAGGACGAACCAAUCAUAAUUGUAUCCUUUCACUAUAUCACAUCUUCACACAAGGCGCAGCCUCGCAUCAUGACAAAUAUUUUUUCUUUUGUCCUUAUUAUCCUUGUCCUUGUGCACAGCCGUAUCAUAUGCCCUCAACCACUCACUACGAUACUUCAAAGAACGUUGUAUACAUUGUCGAAUUCCUCCCAACGUUUCAAAGGUCCAUCGUCUCAGCCGGGAGUCUCAUUCUUAAUGCCUCUCUAUCUUGCUUUCGUCUUCCAAUCCUCAGGCAUUGAUUUACGGAAAUACGUACUGUAUAAUAUGAUAGACGAUCUCGACUUCACAACGUGAACAAAAUCAACAGACGUUCAUACCUCGACAUUGAGAGGGGGUUUCUUUUUCUCUCCCGCAUGAACCUUCUUUGUGACAAUGCCCUUAUAGGCUAUUUGAAAGUCGGAUUGCAUAUCUUUCAUGCUGCUCGGAACCCCCUGCAUGAAUUCC